CGCCACAAGGUUCAAUCUCUCCAUAGUGCUCAUGUUCAUUUGAAAGAUGGAAAAGUCAAUCACGUUUACCGCACAAACGAGGCAUUUUUCAGACCUCCUGAUGGACAUCCGAGAGUGGAAAAUUUCAAAGAUUUUGGGGAUCAAGAGCAAGAUAUCGAGAUGUCAACCAAAGGAUAUAGCAAGCUAACGCUACGUGAUUGUACAGAGCCCGAGCAUCUACGUUCUAAGCGAUCCACCAUCCAAGAGGAACAUCUACAAACAGUACGAUCGCUCACAAGUGAUAGUCUUCAAUUCACACAAACGGAGAAGAUCAAAUGGUCCAAGAUGGGCGGAGAGGCGAAAAAGAAGCCGAGGCCUUUGUAUGAGGUGUUACGUUGUUUUACUGACAAGAGCAUAAAGGAGCGUGAGAUCGCUGACUGUUCUAAUGAGCUACAUGGCAUGGUUCGUGACGACAAAACUAGUUUUCGCUCGAUCGUGAAACUGAUUCAGUACCGUAAUCACCAAAACCUGACGUCUCUGGCAGUGUAUGCGGCCGCCCUUGCUGGACAUGGCAAAUACGAGGCCCAGAAUGCUUUAGCACAAGCGUUGAAGGAUCAAUACCAGAGACCUCUCAGUAGUGAAGAAUACGAAGCUUUGCUUUUAGGAAUCUUCCAUCUGCCAGAAGGACCACUCUACUCACAACUGUUUGAUGCUUUGUCACAGCUCAUGUCCGAGGAGGAAAAAGGAAAUGAAGUUACUGCUACUACCAUGCUGGUAUUAGCCGGCCUGGCUGCUAGAGCCAAGACAUCAGGGUACAAUGAAACUCUGUGUGACAAAGUAGCCCAAAUGGUUCACAACAGAUACAGGAAUAAAUCAGGCCUUUACCAUCCUGAUAGCGACGAUCACGAGAUGCAGUUAAGGGACCACAUCUGGGCCUUUGGAAACCUUGGUCAUCAUUCUGGUCUUUCUGUUAUCUUGAAGCACAUUGAUCAUGAUAAUUCUGGUAUCCGCUCAGCGGUGAUCAGUGCCAUGCGCAAACUUCCCCCUGAGCAUACUAAUCAUCAUCUCAUGCGCUCGCUUCACGUAGAUGAACACGCUGAGGUAAAAGCUGCAGUC